AUGCCGCGCGGUAAAAUGUCUAAGCUUCAGACUCACUGGCUUCAACUCCAUCUGCCGAAGUAUCGCGAUCACCGCAAGCAACACACCUUGCACUUGUUCUGGCCUGUCGCCAUCGCCGGAUUUCUCAAGGAGUUCCCGGUUAAUCCAAGCGAUGCUGAGCUGCGCUCUGUCAACGGCGACAUUGCGAAAGCGAUGGUCUUGCCCGAAGUGAACGAGCGCCGUAUGGCUGUUACCAAGCAAGUCAAGAAUUGGUUUCCAAACCAUGCCCGAUCCACUCCGUCGGGUUUUGGCAAGUCCAAGCUCCUCGAGCUCGUGCUCGCCGGCAAGCGUAAGAAGAAGCAAACAUCAUGGCAAGCGUACUCUACCUUGCACUGGAAGAGAUUGAAACCGAAGUUCGACGUCGAUUGGGCGAACCGCAAGUUACUUUGCCAGCAGAAGGGCGAAGAUCCGCCCGUGCUGGUAGCAUUCAGGGCAGAGUGGCUGGCUAAUAGGUUGGAGAAGGAGUCGGAUGCCGUGAAGGAGCAAGUGGAGGCAUACCGCGAGGAUGAAGCGAAGGAUACAGACUCGUUUUCGGACGAGGAAGAUGAUGCGCGCGCGCAUCGCUUCAUGAGGAACAUGCCGAAUGUGGCUCACACUGUUCAGAACUUCCUCGUCGGACUCCGUGAGCAUACCAACCUCGUCGGAGGUGUUCUCCUCGCCGGUCCCGACUACGCAGACGAUGGAAAAAUCAAGACUUCAUUCAUAUCGGUCGAUCGGACAUUGCAAGGAGCUCAUUUUAGCGCGUUCCAUCCUCGCUUCCAGCAAGAUGUUAUCGAUCACUUCGAAGACUGGGCGAACAAUGUGUUCACAAAACAGGAGUGUGCGGCUCUGGCGGAAGCAUUCAUCAAGACCCUGGAGAUUAUGGAUCCUGACGACGAUGACGAUAAACCUUUGAUCCCUGAUGGAACCUCGGCGGGCAGUGCCUCGAGCGCUAAGGAAAAGCUGCCUCCCGAAUCCGAAGAGUCCGAUGAUGACGACGUCCUGGUCGUCUUGCCACCAUCCGAAUCUUCUGUCAACCUGCGUCCUUCUGAGGCUCCCACCGGUAGCACUGCAGAAGCCACCAAAGCUCUCACCGGCGAUAACUCUGCUAUUGACCCUUCGGAGUCUUCCAUCAACGGUGCCGCUCCUAUCGAUCGCUCUUCUGCGGCUGAUCGUGGAUCUGGUAUCCAUGCCGGUCACGCGCCCGAUGUCACAGUUCAUCGCCUAUCGAAACGCCCGGUUUCUGCAGAGGAACAGCAACCGAGUGCUCCGCGCGAGAUCGCGGUGGAUCAUGACGCCGUUCGUCGAUCCAAGGCUAUACAGCCUGCUCAGUCGCAACUAGCCUCGGUCAUGCGCGCCCGCCCUAACAAUUCUAUAUCCGCCGCGACCGGUGCAGAAUUCUCCGACGCUGCAAAACGUUAUCUCAAAUCUCGCCAGGGAAAGCCAAGCCGUGCUCCCAGCCCCACUGAUAGCUUCCCCGAUGCGCCAGCUCCUUUGGAGGAUGACGAAAGCAACGGAGAUCUCAUGGAUGAUUCGUGCUUCGAUUCCGAAGCUGACCAGGACAAAUGUCUCACGCAGCCUGCGCAUUCUAAGGCUAGCCGCUCGCCGUCCUCCUCCACAUCGCCUCCCACGCCUCCUCUCCCAUCGGGGACUCCGUCCAAGGAUGCAGCCGAAGACGUUAGAGAGGACAACGUCUUGGCCACACGCGAAGCUGAUCAGUCUCCUUUAUCGUCUGCAGCCCCGUCAAACUGUGGCGGCGCUCACCCGCAGAGCUCCGUGCUCUCUCCUUCCCCUUCAGUACAACCUGCUCAAGCCUUUACUAUUGCACAGCAGGAGGAAGAAGAGGACGCGCGUGAGGCCAACCAGGCGCUUUCCUCUCGCACUACCAAACGCUCUAGACGCCCAUCUGCCAAAGCUGCCGAGGCUUCCCACUCGCCGAUUCGCCCCACCCGCCGUGCUAACGGAAGAGGCGGUCAUCCGACAUUCUCUUUGGCGAUGACUCCAACGGACAUCAUUUCUCGUGUCAUAGAGUCUCAAGGUGUAUUUCCGGACUGGUUCGUUGACGCCGUCAAGUAUCUCGACACCGUCUGCAGUGAGAGUAGCUGCAAGGGGUUCGAAGAUAUGAUCGCGAACUUUAUUCUCUUCCAAACGUCCAGGGGUUAUGUCGACGAUUCACAGCGCUUGAGAACUGGCAGCCGCCCCGAUUUUGUUUCCAAGUGGAACAAAACUCGCAACUACGCUGCGGUGCCGAAGAUCUCAGCUGACUCACUCGGUGCUUGGCGACAAUGGUGGUGUGAGAACCAGCCAGCAUGGCGCGGACUCGUUUGGCCGCCGAAAUGCGAGGGUGACCUUGCUGACUGGUCUACUCUGAAGUCUGGCAAGAAUGGUGUUUCGAUGCUCGUUGUUUCGCUCGCGUGGUUUGCUCAGACGGCCUGCGGCGCGAAGCGUGCAAAGGAUUUUGCAUCCACAGUUGCUGAUGUCAGCUGGGCGUUACGUCGUGCUGCUGAGAAUCGCAUGUCCGGCAACUCCGUGCUAACCGAAACGGCGGGGACCAAGCGCGCGAUCGAAUCGCCCACUGCAAUGCCGAAGCCUGCGAAGCGCUCACGCAAGACCGCCGCUUGA